AUGAGGGGAGCCUCUCCUCUUCAUUCCACGCGCUCGCCUUUCGCUCGUUGGCUCUGCUUGGCUGCUCGUGCGCUCCAGAUGAUCCGCACCGACUCGCCGAACCACUUCACGGGCGUGUUCCUCGGCGGCAAUGGCGGCAGCACGGUCCUCUACUCGGACCGGCGCCCGACCUACUUCCACCUCAUCGUCGAGUGGCUCAGCGGCUACGACGACUUCUUCGACCACCUCAAGCCUCGCGACGGCGUGAGCGAGCGGGAGGCGCUCGCCGCGCUCGUUAUUGAGGCAGAGCACUUCAAGCUUAAAGGUCUGGCUGAGCGCGUCGGCCGCGAGCUGGCCAAGUGCGCCCUGCGAGCCGACAAGCUCGCGCUAGCCGAGCAGGCGGUCCGCCAACGCCCGCCGACUCGCGUUUCGUACCUCGAGGACUCUCGCGACACGGUGCAGGAGGGCGACACGUCCACGAGCCAACUCGGCUUUACGUUGACGUCGAUCCAAGUCCGCUUCGACUGCCGCCUGCUCGACGACGACGACGACGACAACUAUAAGCUGCCUUCCGUCCGCCUCGAGUUCGUCAACGAGAAGGGCCAGCGGGCCACCGCGCCUCACAAACCGAUCAAGGUCGACCUUUGCGGCAAAUCGAGCCGGCAGGGGUCGGCUACCGUCGACGGGUCGCCUAUAAGCCUAGCCGUCCUCCUGCGCUGGAUCGUCAACCCGACUCGGGCAACGAGCAAGAUCCCCGCCCUGCGCCCGCUCGUCGACUACUUCCACCCGGAGCUCACGCCGAGAGACAAGCGCGUCGUCACGAUCCGGGCGCACAAGGUUGUCGGCGACUGGUCGCACGGCAAUCUGUGGCUCGCGCAUCUGUCGAUCCGGUCGCAGGAUCAGGGUUACCUUACGUUCGCGUGA